AUGUCCAACGUUUUCCUUGUUAUUAAACAGGUGGAUGAUUAUGACGCUCUGCCUUACUAUCCAUACAGAGAUGACGCUAUACUACUUCAUCACGUCAUCUGGGAUUAUGUACGCGAGGUACUCGAAGGUCACUAUGGUAAGUGUUCCAGAAUUUUUUUAAACCUAGGAUAGAUUCCAUUAAUAUUAUUUCCAAAUUUUUCUUCUUUUCAACCGGGUGAAAAGAAAGUAAUGGUUAAUAAUAGAUGACUCUGUGUGCGUAUGUUUCAUACAACAAAUCAUACCUCUGACUCACACUCGCGAAGACUAUAGCGUACAAGGUUUACGAGGUAAAAAGCAAGAACCUUAUUCAUUAACUCACUGGGAAAAAGUCAUGAAAGCGAAUUACAGCAGGGAUUCGGAACCCAGGGCUCAGCAACAAGGGGGUGGGCCAUGGGCGGUGAAAAAGGGGGAUUAGUAGGAGAAGUGAAAGUGGCGGGCUAAGCCCCUCCCUCGAAAAAAACCCGAUUAGAGUAAGACGGUGAUAUGAAGAUUCUUGAUCGCGCCCACAAGGCAAAAUGGACAGAAUUACCAACAUUGUGGUCAAUGAAAAUCCCUUAAGUGAAUUUAAUUAAACAGGGGGCUUCAAUACCCAUCACAGAUUUCACAGGGGGCUAAGCCGGUGCAUGCAUUUUUCACUUCGGUGCAUGCCAGAAAAUGCAUGCAAUGACAGUUCAAUCGUGUUUUGCCUGUGGUGUUUGCACUUCCCCCGCCACUGGGACGGGCUUAGGCGGUUUGCGAAUUUUAUAUGGCCUAAUAUUCAAUCUUUCGAGAUGAAAUGUGUAAACAUUUGUUAAGAUUUACUCAAACGGUCACUGGUUAAAACCGUUUGUAAUAUAACUCUCAAUAUGAAUGUUGGUCUCGCAUCUUAGAUCUUUAAAUAAAAAAUUGUGUCUGAAAAUGCAAGAAAUCAACCUCUGGAGGCUAAAAGUACGAAAAUUUUCUUGAUAAGGACCCCCAAGUCCCACGAAAAGUUCUGUCUUUUGGAAUUCCCCAUCAGCUAGUUGGGUCCCAUUUUUUAGGUUCCCAUUUACAAAUUCGUAAAUUUUCCUGUUUUGGAUUAGAGAGCUGUACUCAGCGCUCCUUCGCUAUAUAUGUGACAUGCUGCUAUUUCAUGGGGGGUUUUCAGUAAUAAAAUUUCUUUAAAAUAAUCCCUUCCCCCUUGUUAUCGUAUCAGUUCUAAAUCACUGAAUUACAGUAUUAACCUAACUUGUUGUCCAUGUCUCUCUGAACUGUAAAGUGUUCUAUGUAAUAUGAACUUUUAACUUUAGACACGCCACAAAAACUCGUGAAAGACUGGGAGAUUCAAGAGUGGGGAAAAAUGUUGGUAGAUGAGGGUGAAGGCCUCGGUAUUAAGGUACACACGUAAAAACGCACAAGUUGUUACAGGUCUGCAAUCAAGUUGUUACAAAUCUGUUCACAAGCUGUUGACAAGUUGUAUUCGCACUGCUUGUUCCCAGUUGUUGUAACAAGUUUGGAACAAGCUGUUAACAACUUGUAACAAACGUGAUGGCAUUAUCAGACUUGUUACAAGGUUGUUCUAACAAAGUCUGAUACAGUCAUGAUAAACAAGAAUGUUACAAGGUUGACGACACAAGGUUGUAACAAUAUUGUUAUAUCAUGACUGUAUCGGACUUGUUGGAACAACCUUGCAACAAGUCUGAUAGCAUCAACAAGGUUGUUGCAAGUUGUUAACGGCUUGUUCCAAACUUGUUGACAACUUGGGACAAGCAAUGCGAACACAACCUGCAUGUUAACGGCUUGUUGGCAGACUUGCUACAAGAUGUGAGCUUUUUACGCGUGUAGGCAAAGACUACAUUUCAAUAUACAGAGGGGAAUGAUGGAUAAAAUAGAAUAAUGAUUAAUGGAUGUUUUAAACUCGUCAUUCGCUCUUUCAUUACAAAAUGUUUAAUUAAAAAUUAUGAUUUGAUUCCUUUGAAAUUCCCAUCGAAAUCAAAGUGCAGUUUUAGAACCGUUCAAAUUCAAUGAAAUUAGAUAGGAAAAGGGAAAAUUAAGGUGAUUUAUCUAAACAUUUAAAUUUUUACCAAGUGCCUCCAGAUGUAGUGCAGGAAAUUUUUUCGGUGGAAUAUGCCCCUUGAUCCGUCUAGAAUUAUGACUAACAAAUUAUUUAAAAGAUAGAAUCCUGGUGGCGUCACUGCAACUGCUAUGCUUUUAUGUUUUUUAGACGGCCGGCCUAAACCUGAAAAUUAAUGUGAGAAAAAAAUUUGUUUGAAGUUUUUUUAUACAACAUGCCACUCUGGCAUUUUCUUAGGGUAUACUGUAGGUCUGAUUUUGGCUCUAUAUAGCCGAAAAGUUGUUGUGUCAAUGUCAUUGCAAAAUUGCCUUCGUUUUUAAAGGAAAACGCGCUGCGAUCUCAAUAGAAAUUGUAGACUUUACCGAGAAAAGAAUACAGUCAGCUAGGUCGGGUUUAUUAUAUACUUCAUUUUUGUUGAGAACAUAGUUCAAAAUUGGUACUCUAUACUAUACCCAUGCAGUCAAGUCUCAGCGCAUUUAUAACUAAAUAUAAAGCUAUAUAUAUAUAUAGCAGCGGUUUUUCUUGUGCUAAAUGGGACAAAAUAUUUACACAGUUUUAUGGAAAUGAAAGCGUAAACUAAUAACUCAUUUCGGUGGUUUCAUGUUUUAGGACGCGCUUUUCCUCGUACCCAGGCGCUUUAAAUAAUUAUAAUACAUGAAGUAUUCAGGAAGGCAUGCGACGCCCGAAGGCCCAUCAGCCCCUUCGCCCUUCUGUCGUCACUACAAUACUUCAUGUAAACUUGGCAUACGCGCAUCGCUGGUUUUUUUUACAAAGAGACGCCUGGGUACGAGGCAGGUCCUGCCGCAGAAAGAAAAUUGUCAGAGGGUUUGCCUCAUUUACGCUUUGACUAUAAUCUCUGCUAAUUUUCGCAUUGCACAACACACAUGCACUUUAUAUAAUUUAUUUACUCACCUUUUGUAAGAUCCAUGAUGACCACGUUCUCUGGUUCACUGCUUGCCCAUUAUUUCUAUGAUCAAUAUUCACAAGACUGUUAAAACUCGCACGACUCGUAGCCUCGCAGAAUAGCCGACCUCGUCUUCGCCUGUAACAGUCUCAUUUCAGUUAAAUAUUUUACAAUUUUUUAAAGUAUAAGAUUAUAUGUUUUGAUCCUCAGAUAGAUUGAUAAAUGCAAAGUUCCAUUGAAAUCUAAUGAUCGUGCUAAUUUCUGUAUUCAGUGUUUCUUUGUCUUCUAAAGGGCGUACCAGGGGAUGGUAGUUUUACCGACUUGGAAGAUCUCAUACAAACAGUGACAUCAGUGAUAUUCAUAUGCAGUGUUGGGCAUGCAGCGUCUAACUUUGGUCAAUAUGAUGAUUAUGCCUUCCCACCAAAUUAUCCAGCAAUCCUUCGUGGAAACCCUCCCACUGAUAAG